AGACCUUAAUAAACAUGGCGCACCUCUUUAAGGUCGACCGAGUACGGCUCUUAUGUUCAUGUGGUGUUCUAAAACCUAUCACCGCUAUUUAUUUUUGCCGUCAUUGCCUGAAGCUGAGAUGUGGGAACUGUGUAUCUCACGAGGUGGACACACUAUUUUGCCCAAACUGCUUGGAGAAUAUGCCAUCAACUGAGGCACGUCUGAAGAAAAAUAGGUGUGCCAAUUGUUUUGAUUGUCCGAGCUGCUGCCAUACCCUCUCAACUCGGGCAACAAGCAUUCAGGCUCCAUCACCAGAGGACUCGAACAAGACCGUGGCCAGGAAGGUGUACUAUUUGGCCUGUACCAGCUGUAGGUGGACGUCCAGAGAUGUUGGUCUUAAAGAUCAGACUGUUGCUACGGGAGGUUGGUCAGAGCAAGAUAAUGAACACUACAAGUAUCUACAGUCCCUGCUGGAACACUAUCGAUCUGUCGCCCAGCAGGAGAAACUUGACCGCGAGAGGAAACGAUUCUCUCACCGCAAGUCUGCUUACCUUAGUCUGACAGACAAGUACAGCCUCCCAUCUCUCUUAGGACGGAAAUCUCUGACGCCCCUCUCGCCCUAUGCCCCAAAGGGUGAUUCAAGCCAAAGCUUAGAUAUGACAGCCUCAGAGGCUACUGCCGAGGUGGAAGGACUUCCCGAUGAAAUAUUUACAGAAGAAGUUGUUUUGUCCUCAGUAACAGACAUGGAACAGCGGAUGGCCUCCCCCGAGUGGCAGCCCGAGAAGACCAGCGACUUGUAUCCACUCCACAAACACAUUCUAGUGAAACGAUCUCUUCGAUGCCGCCACUGUGAGCACAACCUAUCUAAGCCUGAGUAUAACCCUUCCUCUAUCAAGUUCAAGAUCCAGCUCGGAGCUUUCUACCACGUGCCUGAGGUGAGGAUGAUUCGUCAGGUGGAACUGAAGUCGGAGGUGGAGACUUGCGUUCAGGUUUCCCUCUGUAACCCAACCCCUCAUGACAUGACUCUAGCUUUCCUCCCAUUUGUGCCAGAGGCUUACACAGCAAUGCAGCAAAAAGUGGAGGAACCAACUGACGGAGGGAGCCUAAACACAAGCAGUAUGGUGCGAGUGGUAGACAUACCUCCAGAAAAGACUGACUUGACCCCCUCUGCUGAUGUGGCAUUACCACAGGGUCAGGUUAUCCUGGCAGCUCGUGAUGACACUGCUGAAUAUGAUGACCAGGAUUCAAUUUCCAGUUACAAGGACGAUCCCCUUGUGGUAGCAUGGCGCCGAGCUAACAAGGUAGGCAUCAAUCUUUUGGUGACACCUAAAGCAAAUGUCAGCCGGGCUAAGGUUGGUUUCGUGCUGCGCUACGACUACACAAACACCGUUGCUACUGCUUCUGAAUCUAGGACAGUGACUCUUAAUAUUCCAGUAAUGGUAGAUGUUGGAACUGUCAGUGAGUAAUGAAUUAUAUUAUUGAUGGAUACAAUGUGACUUUAAACAGGAUUUAUUGUAAGAUGUGAUAUUUAAAUGUAAACUAUAAUUAUUAGGCAAUAAUCAAUAGACUUUAAUUUUAAUGUACUGGUAUUGGCUUUUAGAGAGCUCAUCUAAUGUCACAAAGCAUUUAUAUCAGAUUGAAGUGACAACCGUUGACAAGUGGUAGUAUGGGUCUCAUUUUGUAUUGCAGUUUGCCAGUUCCAUUUCAAACACAGUAUACAGUAUAUAAAAAGGACUACAGUAAUUUGUGUUUAUGUCAGGUAUGAUGCUUAAAUUAUAAUAUUAUUCUCUCUCUUGAUAAUAUUCUGUGGUUGCAUUGUCUUUGCCAGUAUAUAUACAGUAGUCCCUGCACCUGCGAGAAGAGGUUUGGAAAAUUUUCUUCUCGUGAUUUCUUUGAGCUAAUCUUCUGUUAAGUAGUUCUAGAUCAGCCAAUUCCUAAUCAUUAAGGUAAAUGCAGCUCUUUAACUUAUAUGCAAUAUAUUAUAUAUAUGUAUAAUUUUCUUAUUCUUUAUUAAAAAAUAAACACCUUCAUAUGUGUUUACAAUAUCAGUAAAUUAAUGGCUUGUC